CCUGUGAUAGUAAUAUAACUUUUACAGUCCAGAAAUAUCUAAAAACAUCUAUAAUUCGAAAAACGAGAGCUGUGAAUGUGUUCAUGUAAAUAUUUUAAUUUAAUAUGACCUUUGAUAUUUAUUUGUAAAUGUAAUAUUUACCCAUCAUACAAAUAACAAAGGAUUUACGUUUAUUAUGACUUCAAAAUACAGCAGGUAAUAAGUUUUUAUUAUUAUUUUUAAAAUCCCGCACAAGUGAAGCUCCGCACUUGUUUUUGUUCUCUGUAGUGUUGUAUUAUUGAAGAAAUCUAUUUAUUUAUUGAAAAUAAUGAACAAAAUACGCAUGUAUAAUGGCAUUGAUGAAUGCAAAUAAACAGGUAUUAAGCAAAGCACGUAUCAGCCACACACAAAAAUAACGAAUAAAAAGUCAAAUUUGCGAAUGAAAACGGAGAAGUCAACAGGAAGUGCGGUGCGCUGUUUUCUUCUCCGUCAGGUGAUCGGCUGUGUGUCGCCCUCUAGUGCUGCAGACGCGCCACAGCGUCAACCAGCGACAACACAAUGAGCGCGCGUCACAUUCCGAGUUUACGAAGACAAAUUCAGUUUACAAGCGUUUGAGCCGCAGAAGGACGCGCGAGGAAAUCAGCGCUUCGUUUAUGACGGAUGAACAUUUAGCGCUUCAUUUACGGCUGUUGAACAUUUAGAUCUGUGAGCAUCAGCGUGUGUGAGCGAGAGACGGCAUCAUCAUCAUCAUCACCAUCAUCAUCAUCAUCAUCAUCCAGCGGAGGACAAAGACACAGAAAUGGGUCACAGCAGCGGCUGAUCUCAGGGUCUGUGAGGACGUCCGUCUCUUCUGCUCUGUGUUCCUCAAACAUCUCGUCAUGUUCGUCGGCUCUGGACCGGUCGGGACGUCCGUCCUGCUGCUGUGUCUCCUCCUGCACGCCUGCGGCGGGACGCCGGACUCCGACAGAGAACUGUGUUACUCUCGGCAGCACCGGGACGUCACCGUAAACGUGCGCUUGGCUCUUGAACAGAAGGGAACCGUCAUGGUGGCCAAAGCCAAGCCGUCCGAGAAAGACUGCAUCUUGACCUGCUGCUCGGAGGACGUCGGCCCAGGUGUGAAGUGUAAUCUGGUGGUGUAUAAACCGCCGGAGCGGCCCGGAGCGCUCAACUGUCAGCUCUUCCACUGUCCGAACGAGAGAGACUGUCCGCUGAUGACGGCCAGCGCUGGAAUCAACACUUACAACAUAUACAAGGGUGUGUCUCAUCCGACAACGAAAGGAACUGGAAGAAUAACAGCCAAACCUGCAGCACCACAACUAACCACAACUACACCCACGACAACCACAACGACACCUGCAACAAAAGCCACAACUACAACUACACUUACAACUACAACCACAACUACAAGUACAACACCACCACCACCACCACCACCACCACCACCAACAACAACAACAACAACAACAACAACAACAACAACAACAACAACAACAACAACCACAUCCAGCAGCAGUGAACCCACUGAAGAAGCGCUGACCGAGUCAGAAUCACCCGUGAUGCUGGAAACCGUCGCUAUGACGACCGCACCCACUACCACGGCAACCAGCACCACCCAGUCCACCACCACGACUAAAAGCGCCAGCACUAAAGCGCCGCGUCCUCCUCCACGAGCGCCCGUCAAACCCAACCGACCCAGAAAACCCAGCAAACCCUCCAGAACGGAGACGCACUCAGCGAAGCCCGUCAGAGCCACGCCGAUCCCUACGACGCGCCCCACGAGCAGCGCACCGGCCACCACCACCACCACAACAACAGCAACUACAACAACCACGACAGCUUCGACCACCUCCACUACAACCACCACAGCGACGCCCUCGACCGCGCCGCCUCCGGCCCCCGAGAGAACCACGGCGGUGGCCGUUGAGCUCGAGAGCGACCCGAAGCGCCGGGAUUUCGGUCAUCCCGUUCUGUCUCUUCCAGGGAAGCCCAAGGUGUCGCGGGUGAUGUGGAAGAACAGCCUGGUGGCCAUCGUGGUGAUCACGCUCAUCUUCCUGGCGCUCAUCCUCUCUCUGGUGGCCCGUAAAGCCAUGGAGUCGUUCGACAGGCGUCACUACACCAGACUGGAGCUCAACGACCUGCAUUACGAGGUCUGAAACGCCGCCGGCGCGACAAUCCAAUGGAGAAACGUGUUUUCCCGUUGACUCGCUGGGAAAAAAGCUUUGUAUUUUAAUAUUUAGGCCGUUUGGUUUUGACACUGAACACUGUCGACGCUUCAUCUGUGAAUAGAGGUGAAUGGAGAUUUGAGGAGAGAAAUAAAAGCAAUACACUGAACUCAGGUCGCCUCCACUGAUGAAGUUAAGAGUGAGACGGUGAGCGGCGUCACUGCUGUAACUCCUGUUUAGUUUUGUCAGUAAGCUGCGCGAGGACUGUAGAAACGCAGCGUCGGCUCUCGGUAAACGUCACUUGUGUUCUGUUGAAAUGGGCUUUUGCGAGAAGAGCCUCAGCUGAUAUGGUGGCUGUUUAUUUCACUGUGUUUUCCUGAUCCAGAGCACAGAUCUCCUUCACCGAUGGAUGCGACGCUCAUCCGUUUGUGCACCUCUCUCAUGUGUUUUUACUGUAUUAUUAUUAUUAUUAUUACUCCACGUGACUGCAGGCAAAAUCUUCACGUGCAUUUCAUGUUUUCGGUGUAACUGAACGAGUGGCGCGUGUGAAUGUGGCUAUUUGUAAUUCACUGCAUUUUUUUGGAUAAUUGUCUGCUUCAAUGAUGACUGAACAACAGCAUGAGAUUCAGAAAUCUGUCCGCUUCAUUCCGUUUGUUUUGAUCUUAUUCUGCUUCAGUAUUUUCUAAUCUGUUAUUAUAUGUUGUUGGUAAAUUUUUGGUGAGCCUUGGCUUUUACAGACACCUUAAGAUUAAUGUGAUUAUUUCUCUUUCAAGAAAUAAAAGGGAGUCUUUUUCAA